CCUCGCCAGGCAAAACCCGGCGGCGGGGGUGGCAGCGACAGAGGCCAGCUGGCAGAAGAGCCCUGCAUAGCUGCUCCCCGCACCCCUCUGCGUCCGCGGGCACCAUGAGCGGCCGAGUCGGGGACCUGAGCCGCCAGCAGCAGGAGGCGCUGGCCAGGUUCCAGGAGAAUCUCCAGGACCUGCUGCCCACCCUGCCCAAGGCCGAUGACUACUUCUUCCUGCGCUGGCUCCGAGCUCGGAAUUUUGACCUGCAGAAAUCAGAGGACAUGCUCCGGAAGCACGUGGAGUUCCGGAAGCAACUGGACCUAGACAACAUCCUUGCAUGGCAGCCUUCAGAGGUGAUCCGGCUGUACGACUCGGGCGGCCUGUGUGGCUAUGACUACGAAGGCUGCCCCGCUUGGUUUGACAUCAUUGGAACCCUGGACCCCAAGGGCCUCCUCCUGUCAGCCUCCAAGCAGGACCUCAUCCGAAAGCGAGUCAAGGCCUUGGAGCUGCUUAUGCAUGAGUGUGAGCAGCAGACUCAGAAGCUGGGCAGAAAGAUCGAGACAAUGCUGAUAGUGUUUGACAUGGAGGGGCUGAGCCUGAGACACCUGUGGAAGCCAGCUGUGGAGGUCUACCAGCAGUUUUUUGCCAUCCUGGAAGCAAAUUAUCCUGAGACGGUGAAGAACUUAAUUAUUGUUCGAGCCCCUAAGCUUUUUCCAGUAGCCUUCAACUUGGUCAAGUCUUUCAUGGGUGAGGAGACACGCAAGAAGAUAGUGAUUCUGGGAGACAACUGGAAGCAGGAGCUCACAAAGUUCAUCAGCCCUGACCAGCUGCCUGUGGAGUUUGGAGGCACCAUGACUGACCCUGAUGGCAACCCCAAGUGCCUGACCAAGAUCAACUAUGGGGGCGAGGUGCCCAGGAGCUACUACCUGCGAGAGCAAGUGAGGAUGCAGUACGAGCACAAGGUGACUGUGGGCCGUGGCUCCUCCCAGCAGGUGGAGAAUGAGAUCCUGUUCCCGGGCUGUGUGCUCAGGUGGCAGUUUGCAUCAGAUGGCGGGGACAUUGGCUUUGGAGUUUUCCUGAAGACCAAGAUAGCAGAGCGGCAGAGGGCUGGGGACAUGACUGAAGUGCUGCCCAGCCAGCGCUACAAUGCCCACAUGGUGCCAGAGGAUGGGAGCCUCACCUGCCUCAAGGCCGGCGUCUAUGUCCUGCGCUUUGACAAUACCUACAGCCUGAUACAUGCCAAGAAAAUCAGCUACACGGUGGAAGUGCUGCUCCCCGACAAGGCCUCUGAGGAGAAGCUGCAGGGUCUCAGUGCAAAGAGGCCCUCCGCAGCACAGUGAAGGCCUGGCCACCUCUGCACCUGCUCCUCCAACCCCUUGUCUGUCCCCUGGUGGCGCGAAAAGUGGCCUCAGAGAUCCACUUACCCUGCAUUGCCAUCUUAGCCACUGUGUACACCCCCAGUUCCCAUCCCACCACAGUGACCAAGCAGAAAUGAGGACAGCCAGUGCUUAGGUCACCCUGAAGAUUCAAAGGAGCACUUCCUCCCCUAUUUCUAGAGAAUGGAAAUGACAGCAACCUUGAGGAGGACCCUGUGUUUACAGAGAAAGGCUUCUGCUUGCAGAAGCUGCCUUUGGGUCUUUCUGACAAGGUUAAUGAUCCACAGAUCGUCCUGUUCCUGGUAUCCCAGUUUGAGGUACAUGAACCCCAGGCCCUUCAGGGACCCCAGCUUUGGGCCUGAGGAGCAGAGGCGUCUGGCAGGUCAUGGGGCAAGAUGAGGGUCCCAGUUCCAGCAGAGCUCGAGGUGUCUCCAAGGUUGUUCAACUAUCUUCAGAAGGAAAAAUCGGAAAUGAGGUGGCAGUAAUGCCAUCACAGCAUGCCCAGCCUUACACAGCUAACAGGCAAAAACAGUUUCCAGCGCCCCCUCCCUCCACACUGCUGGGGUCCUGCUGAUGCUCAGCUGGGCUUCUUUCUGGCCUGAGUGGGGCCAGAUCAACACAGAGCUAGAAGGAAGGGCUCAGAGCUGGGCUGCAGCAUAUGAGCUGCCACUUGUGAUGCUUAUUCUGGAUUCUGACCUGAUUCCUGGAGAACUGUUGAGCUUUUCCUCUAUCUUUGUCUCCCCAAGAGAGUGGAAAGUUUGAGCAACAAGACCCAGGAGCUGGCAGAUAAUGGCUUCGCACAUGGUUUUCAAAGGUUGGUCCUUCUGGUGUCUACAGCCAUAUUCAGGAUGACCAUAGAGUGUUCUUCGGGGUGGACUAUACCCAGGACAAAGGACUUUGUCUGGGAAUGAGCUGAAGAAAUCACCAUGUCUGAGCUGCUGGGUUGAUUCCAGGUGGCAGUGAAGCCAUCACCUGGGCCUGGGAACCCAGGCUGUGCUGCCCCAUGCCUCCCCACUCUGCCCUGUGGCUGGACCAGGACAGUAGCCACCAGUGUCUCAAAAGACUUGUUCUCUGCCCAGGUACCUGAGCUCCCAGCUUGGGUUCAUUAAUUCUGCCCUCCUUGUUUAUUCUGCCCUAUUGUGCCAAAGGGCAAGAAUCCUGUCCUUCACUCUGGCAGUGAGUGGUCAGAUGUCCCUAUAAAAGGGGUCCUUGCCUUAAAGUAUCAACACCUUUGCUGCCAAAGAUGCCUCCCAGAGGCCAGAAGCCUCAGUACACGUCACCUGUCCAGGGGCUUCACAAGGAAGAAACCAAGCUUCAACUACUUUCUGCUCCUAAAUUCUGGGAUGUCAUUUUUGUUUUCCAGUUAAUAUGUGCUUUCUUCAUUAUCCAGGAUACAUUUUGGGGGAGAAAUAAUGAAGCAUGGGAGGAUGGAGGUCUUCUAGGCAGUUGCACAACCCUUGGGGCCACAGAAAACACACUCGACACCUAAAGCCAUCCAUGAGGUGUUCUGGUCCAACAAGGGGUUAAGCAAAUUGGCAAGAGAAAAAAAAAAAGUAGACUGCUUGGAAACUGUCAGUCAAGAAGGUCAAGAAUCACAAGAUGUCCUCAAGUUGCAGGGCUGCCCCGUGUCUGAGAUGUGACACAUUUCCACCCCAUUACACUGUGUGCUGUCUCCCUGCUGCCUCUCCAGGGCACUUGGGCUUCCCAGGGCUAUGUUCCCACACUCUUUGCCAGGAUAGAGGGAAUGUGGUCAACUGGGAUCAGGAGGGUCCUCUUGUUGCUUUCACUUAGCCCACCUGUCGCCGUGACAGGGACUUGAGAGACCUCAGUUCAGCCUUCCCUCCACCCUCGGUCUAAAAACCAGAUUUCUGACCUUUGCCCUUCUAACCACUUGCAGCAAAUUUUGUGUCAAUAUAACCUCAACCAGUUCCCUGGAAGGUCACAAAGAUUGCUCUGUCCCUCGUGUAUGGCUACCUGAGGCUCUCAUCACACAAGGCAUACAGAUACGAUUUGUCUGGAGGGUAGCAAGUAACAAGAUGCUGGGAAGUGAGCACAAGGUCACCUUCAGAGGUAACAAUAGUAUCUCCUACCUGGCCAAAGAGGCAGGGACACACUGAGAGCUCAACAGGAGUAUGUUCUCAGCAAUUGCAUUCUAAUUUGGGAGGGGCCACUGGAGAUGAACCUAGGACCUUUGCACUGACCUGCAUCCCCAACCUUGUUUUUAUUUUUAAUUUUGAGAUAGAGUUCACUAAGUCAUUAUUUCCCAGGCUAGACUUGAACAUAUGAUAUUCUUGCCUGAGCUUCCCAGAGAACAGGGAUUACAAACAUGUGCCCUGUGGCCCACCCACUCUUAAUUAUUAACACUGUCCCUUUUUUUACAAUUGACAUGGAAGGAGAGGAGGAGGAAAAUUUUCUCAGAGAGGGGCACUGGCUUGUCCAAAUUUCAUUUCUUCAUUCACUGCACUGCAGACCCCAGGGAUACCAAGGACACUGGAAUGACUCAACUUUGCUAACAGAAAACUGGCCCACACUGAAGGAGGCAGAAAUGAAUAUAAUAAUCAAAUGUACCUACCUAGCCAAGUGUGAUGGCACAUGCCUGUGAUGGUGCAUUCAGGAGGCUGAGGCAGGAGGAUUGCUGCUAGUUCAAGGCCAGCGUCAGCUACAUAGUGAGUUCAAGGUCUGCUUGGACUGCAUAGUGAGACCCUGUCCCAAAAACAUCAACAAAAAUACACUUGCUGUCACCAUGUGCAUUUUGGGGGCCAAUAUCCAGCAAAGAAACCAGGCAAGGAUAUCAAAUGAGCUUUGCCUAAGAGAGUGACCACUGAAGGAAGAGCUAAAGGAUGUGUGGAGGUGUCCAAAUGCUGCAGGAGUCUCACAGACUGAGAAAUGGGGUGAGGGUAGCCAGGGAGUGUUUGGGGCUGUAGGACUGAAAUACAGAAGGGCUUUCCUGACCCUGGGUGACAGUGGUAACAACUCCCUUGUCUGCUAAUCUUCAUAAAUGACUUUGCACACA